GACUCUGUGGGGCCCAGAUGUGUGCACUGGGGGGAGAUGAGCCAGACCUCCUUUCCAUCUGGAUCCCAGGACAAGGAGGCAGCCGAGAGCACGCCGGGUGUCCCCAACAGUGACACUACGCCAGGCGUCCCCAACGGUGACACCUCGCAGGCUGAGAGCCCAGCCGUGAAUGCCAUGUUGCAUGCCAUCGCUGCCAGUGCCCUGCCAGUGUGCAGCCAACAGCAGGGUGAGCCUGACCUGACCCAGCGGGAGAAGGUGGCCAUCCUGGGCCAGCUGUAUCAUGAGAAGCCACUGGUGUUCCUGGAGCGCUUCCGCACAGGCCUGCGGGAAGAGCACCUGGCCUGCUUCAGCCACCUGCGCGGAGACCACCGUGCUGACUUCUACUGCGCGGAGGUGGCCCGGCAGGGCACUGCCCGACCCCGAACCCUGCGCACCCGCCUGCGGAACCGGCGAUACGCUGCCCUGCGUGAGCUUAUCCAAGGGGGCGAGUACUUCAGCGACGAGCAGAUGCGGAUCCGAGCCCCACUGCUGUACGAGCAGUGCAUAGGACAGUACCUCACACAGGAAGAGCUCAAUGCCCGGACACCAGCCCCCCAGGUCCCCCAAGUCCCCAGGCCCGGCUCCCCCAGCACACCUGCCUAUCCUCUCUCCGACCUGCUCUUUCAGUCCUACCAGGAACGGGAGCUGCAGCAGCAGCUGCUCCGGCAGCAAGAGGAGGAGGCCUGCUUUGAGGAGGACAGUGAUGAGGAAGACCAGAGCUCAGACAAAGACUCGGAGGCCUGGGUGCCUGACUCGGAAGAGAGGCUGAUCCUGCGGGAGGAGUUUACCAGCCACAUGCAUCAGCAAUUCCUGGAUGGCAAAGAUGGAGGCUUUGACUACAGCACGGUGGAUAACAACCCUGACUUUGACAACCUGGACAUCGUGGCACGGGACGAGGAGGAGCGCUACUUUGAUGAAGAGGAGCCUGAGGACGUGCCCAGCCCAGAACCAGAUGGGGACUGACGCCUCCUCCCCUUCCAGCCAGUGACACGCCCUGCCUGCCCCCCAAUAGGCAGUGAUCAUAGGCUGGCUCAGUGACUCAAGGGCUAUCAGGGAAAGCCCUCUGGGCUUGGCCCACCUCAGACAACGACCCCACUUCUGUUUAUGGGU